AUGCCGACGGUGACGGCCAUUACUUCAAUUGCGAUGGAUCAUGCCAAACUGCUCGGCCCAACGAUUGAAACCAUUGCCUGUCACAAGGAAGGAAUCUUCAAAUUAGGAAGCGUAGCCUUUUCAACCCUCCAGGAGCCGGCAGUCAUGGAGGUGCUCCAACAACGUGCAGCCGACAAAGGUGUUUUGCCCAUGAUCAGUCGGACUGGACCCUACAAUCCCGACCAAUGCGAUUGCCUUAACCCAGAGAAUCAACUGCUCCCUGGCGCUUGCAGUCUUUUCCUGGCCGGGAAGGUAUCAGCAUAUCAGAGUAUCAUUCGCAAUGGCAGAAUUGCGGGAGUUGUUGACUUGGCACUUGCAGGCUGGUACCUAGAGUAUUGGGAUCUAACCAAGGCAUAUUACAUUUCAUUCAAGGUGCCGGACUGGCCCGAGAGCAUCAAACUUAAGCUUCCUUCAUAUGCGGACGAGCUUGUGGCAGAGCGCCUUCUUUAG